AGCGCUGCUCACACACGCGCGAAGGCUGCACCUGUGGGGAUUCGGGCACGUUCGCUGGCCUUGGCUCACCAGCCGUUCUGCGGCUGCCUCCCCGGCCCGUUCCAACCCACGUCUGCUGCCCGUGAGCUCCCAGCCCGCCUGCCUUUGCUUUACGCCCGUCGUCGGCAGCAGAAUUUGGGCAGCUGUACGGGACUCGCCGCCCGCGCACCAUGCUGGCCGUCGGCCUCUGCGUCUUGCUCCUGUCCUGCUGGCACGCCGAUUCGCUGCCGUUGUCCACCCAGCUCUCGGAGGAAGACGAAAAGGUCAUCAAAUGCAUCACGGAGGUUCUGGCUGACACCCUGUCCAAAGCUAGCCCGGUUCCGGUCACCAGCGACUGCCUGAAGAUCCUGAAAGAAGACGAGCGGGUCCUGGCCAUGUUGCACCAUCACUACCUGCUGAAGGAGCUAAAGGAGCUGGUCCAUGAAGAGAACGCCCACCACCACCCGAGCCACGGCGCCUGGCAGGAGACGGAGGAGGGCCCCGAGGGGGACGAGCUGAGGAAGCGGGACAAGCCCCUUCAGCAGAGCUCGGCCGCCUCCGAGACAGUGGAGGAGAAGGAGGGCGAGGCCCGGAAGGAGGAGUAUGAGAAGACGGAGAAGAUCGAGGAGAAGGUGAAAGAGGAGAAGGUCUCGCACGGGGAGGACAGCACCCAGGUGGAGGAGGAGGCCAAGGAGAUCUUGGAGGGCGAGGAAGAGGAGGAGGAGAGGAAGAGGAGGCACGCGGAGGUGAGGCGGGCGUCGCCGAAGCUGAGGGAGAUCCGGGGCCCCGGGGCCAACAAGAAAACGGGGCCGCCAGCCAAGAGGCACUUCAGCCAAGACGACAGUUCGGAGGAGGAGCCGCCGUACCACCAUGGAGGCCGGCACCACGGGGGGCUAGAGGACUGGGAGCAGGAGGAAGAGGAGGAGGAAAAGCGGUCGGGCCCGGCCCGGCGGAAGGGCGGCCCGGCCAAGCGGAUGGCCGAGAAGGCCAGCGACGAGGAGACGGCCCAGUUCGAGGCGGAGGAGAAGGGCGUGAAAAUCUCCGACUCGCAGAGCCACCUCCACGGGGACGGGCGGCUGUGGAAGGAGGGGGAGGGGCGGUACGGCCACCGCCACGGGCCACCCGGCCACCCGCUGAAGAAGAGGCACCACGAGGAUGAGGCGGGGCACCUGAAGAGCAAGCACCAUGGCCCCCAGGAGGAGGAGGAAGAAGAGGAGGAGGAAGAGGAAGAAGAGAGGGAGGCCGAGAAGGACAAGGAACGGGAGCUGGAGAAGCUGGAAGAGAUCGAGCACGCGCUGAAGAAGGUGGCGGAGAAGCUGCGGGAGCUGCGGAGAGGGUGA